AUGGGUGUUGUCGACAAGAUUCGGGGUCUCUCGGAAAAGCCCGCCGCGACCACUACCAAUCUCUCGGGCGAGGUCUACCCCAAGCAGGAGGCGCCCACGGACGCUCCUGUCGAGUCCGACUCGGAUGACUCCCGGAUGAGUCUGGAGGAGCGCGAUGACCGGGAAAAUCGAGCACAUCCCGACCAGGUGACGCAAGAUGCCCAGCUCGGUCAGCAAAAGGCCGAGGCCAUGGCCUUGGUAUGGAGCAAAAAGGCCCUGUUUGCAACCUACGCCUGGAUCUGGGUCUGUUUCUUUUUGCUGGCCUUGCAGUCGGGCAUUAGUAGUAGCGUCAUCAACAAUGUCUACGCCAACUUCAAGUCCGCCCCGCAAGUGAGUACCGCCAACAUCCUGUACACCAUCAUUGGGGGUGUGCUCCGCUUGCCCAUCGCCAAGAUUCUCAACCUCUGGGGUCGUGCCGAGGGCUACCUCGUCUUCGUCGGCGUCUACACCUUGGGGCUCAUCAUCACCGCCGCCUGCAACAACCCGGACUCCUACGCCGCCGGCUACACGCUCUUCUGGAUCGGCUACGAGGCCCUCUACUACAUCCUCGACGUCUUCAUCGCCGAUACCUCGGGGUUGCGGAACCGAGCCUUCACCUUCGCCUUUGCCCAGACGCCGUUCAUCUGCACCGCGUUUACCGCCCCCUUGGCCGGCCAGGCCUUUGUCAAUGGGCCCGGCUGGCGCUGGGCCUACGGGGCUUUUUGCAUCAUCCAGCCCGCCAUCUUCGCGCCGCUGGCCCUUGUGUUCAAGCACUACGAGCGCAAGGCCGAGAAGGCCGGCGUGCUGCGGCGCGAACGGAGUUCUCGCACCGUGAUGCAGUCUAUCGUCCACUACAUCCACCAAUUUGAUAUCAUUGGUGCCGCACUCCUCAUGGCCGCCUGGAUCCUCGUCCUCCUCCCCUUCAGUCUGCAGUCGUACGGUCAAGCGCAGUACAAAUCAGCCUCCUUCAUCGCCAUGCUCGUCGUCGGAUUCUGCCUAUUCUUCGUGUUCGCCGCGUGGGAGAAGUGGGUGGCGCGCGAGCACUUCAUCCGCUACGAGCUGGUGAAGAACCGGACGGUGCUCGGCGCGUGCAUCAUGGCGGCGCUCACCUGGUUCAGCUUCUACUGCUGGGACCAGUACUUCAUGGUCUUCUGCCAGGUCGUCUACGGCCUGGACCUCGACAUGGCCGGCUACAUGCUGCAGACCUACAACGUUGGCUCCUGCGUCUGGGGCGUCAUCUUCGGCCUGUGGAUCCGCUACACCCGCCACUUCAAGUACUCGUGCCUGUUCUUCGGCCUGCCCAUCAUGAUCCUGGGCUCGGGACUGCUCAUCCACUUCCGCGGCUCCGCGCAGGGCAUCGGCUACGUGGUCAUGUGCCAGAUCUUCAUCGCCUUCGGUGGCGGUACGAUCGUCAUCGGCAACCAGAUGGCUGUCAUGGCGGCUGCCGACCGCGACGGCGUGCCUAUGAUGCUCGCCGUGCUGCAGCUGUUCAACAACCUUGGUGGGGCGGUUGGGUUAGCCGUCUCUGCGGCUAUAUACAACAACACUUGGGCUGACGCGCUGCUGAGCAAGAUCCCCGCCAAGGAGAAGCCGAACUGGAGCAAGAUCUUCAUGGGCGGCUACCUGGAGCAGUGGAAGUACCCGAUGGGAUCGGCGACCCGCGACGCCAUCAACUAUGCGUGGGGCCAGAGCCAGAUGUACGGCGCGAUCGCGUCGACUGCCUUCUUGGCGCUGGGGAUUCCGGCUAUCGCCAUCUGGAAGAAUUACAACGUCGAUCGCAAGCAGAACAAGGGAACGGUUCUGUAG